AUGUUGAAACCUCUGAUCCAUACUUUGAUCCGAGUGGACCAACUGGGACGCCAACAGCUCAAGUACAUCACCAUCCUCCGCAUGCUUUGUAUUACCAGAGGCAACGAUGGCGAAAGAGAGCCUCUUGGUCUGAGAAAUGGGUCUGACGUUGUUCCAGAGAUGUUGAUUCAUAGAACGGAGAACGUACUUCCAUCGACAAACGCCUAA